ACCACGAGCACUGCUGCCCCCAGGGCUACAGCUGCAACAUGCAGACUGGGACCUGUGAUAAACCUGUAGAGGGUGUUCUCCUACAUACGGUACCCCUGACAGAGGUGGCAGAGUCCCAGCAGAGGGCAGCAGAGAUGGGUAUGGAUGUGAAGUGUGACAGCACCGGAGAGUACAGCUGUCCCAAACUGGAGACCUGCUGCAAGACCUCACCCACAGAAUGGUCCUGCUGCCCUGCACCAAAGGUAGCGAAACGGCUACUUGGAAUGAAAAUCCUAUGAAUCCCAACUUGAAAUUUUACUUUUGAUGUAGAAGGGAAAUUUGUGUGUAAAUUUGACAAGUUGAGAUGUUUUCUUAAAUCACCUGAAAUCAACUCCAUAUUUGGUUUGAUGUUACAUAAAGGAUAUUUGGCCUUUUUAUUAUUUAUUUUUUUGGGCUGAGGCUGCACGACCAGAUCGAACUUCCCCGCCCCCCAGGACACCUCUUUCCCAUAUAUAAACAACCUUAAAACAUUCUUUACAUUUGAUACUUUACGCAACAACAACAAAUAUUGUAGCAGCUGUGCACCCUCCCCCUCCCUUCAGGAUGUAUAAGUACUAUUUCGUGAGUGAAUUUUAGAGCAGAUGGUGUGAAUAAGCUAGCCUACCUGUAUUUUGUUUCAAUCAAAACACAUAGUGGUGUGCACUGUUGAGUUUGGGCUGCAUGAGAGAGAAAUUCAGCACAUGAGAACACUCAUCCUAAAAUCUCAUAAGAAAUUGCCUGGUGUCUUUAGUCUAACAUAAGCAUUAUACAAUGCUGUUAUGUUGCUAUUUUAUAUUCAUUAGUCAUUAAGUGAUCUUGUGAGACAUUGAUUCAACUUUGAUCCAACUUAUUUAAACGAGCAACAUUCGGAGAAGUGGCAGGGCGUCGCUCCGGUGUGUGUGCUCUGGCUGCACUACACUCCUGCCUAUAUGACAACAUACGUAGCCUAUAUGUAACAUUUAUCCCACCCUGUCUACACAUUGCAUUGGGGCAAAGCGAUCUGCAUUUUAACCAUAAAUAACAUAACUGUUAUUACUCUUCUCAAUGAUCAUGCAACACUGCACGAUUUGAUGGUCAGCACAUCAUUUGAAAUUUGCCAGAGUAGCCUCUGGGCACCUUUGGGCAAACCUUCUGCACAAAUAGGCAGAGUUUGACAACAUGCCCGUCGAUUUAAGUGAUAAGUCUGCCGCACAUAGGGUACAAUGUGUGUGGGCAGUAAAUUCAAUUUGUGUGGUUAUAGUUACAACAGACAAAGAAGUUUGUACAACGUGUCUUACACCCGGGGGAGAAUGACUGCCCCCUCUCAUUGAAACCACAGAAGUACAAGGUCAACUGCGGUACUGCAGGCACCAGAUGCAUGAACUGAUUAUUUUAAAAUCGCACACAGAAGUUAUACCAGUGGUAUUCAAACCUUUUCAGCGGGACACUUAUUUUCCCCGGCAGAAUUUCUUGGGACCCAGUUUUUUUCCGGGACCCCACACCAAAUAUGACAACCUUAAAAUCGGUACAUUUCUAUUGUUACAUCAACAAAUACUUCAAUUCAUUACUUUUCCAUCUCUUAUCAAAAUGAAAAGAAACCAAUAAAUACAUUUACUCUAACAUUAGUGCAACGCCAGGGUUGUGGGUUCGAUUCCCACGGGGGGCCAGUAUGAAAAUGUAUGCACUCACUUACUGUAAGUCGCUCUGGAUAAGAGCGUCUGCUAAAUGACUAAAAUGUAAUUGUCUUUUUCAAUAAUUUGUACUCUACAUUUUUAUACAAAAAAAAUGAUAUCUAUAUAUAUAUAUAUAUUGUAAUUUUUGGGUGACCCCACUGUAGUUCCCCCGGCCUUCAACUUGAGUUACUCAAUGAGAGGGGGCAGCACUGAGCUAGCCUGCAACGUCUCAUCCUGGAGUAGCUCAAACUGCGCAUGUUAGGUUUCCAUGAGACAUCAUCUUAACCAAAUUAAUUUGGCUUCAAUGCGCAAUUGAGUCUUCACAUAGGAAUGACUGGUGUCACGUGAUCGAUGGCUUUGUCCAUUCAUGUAUACAGUCAAUUGCUUAUACUAGACAAAGACGUCCGAUCAUCGCGGCUGGGUUGAGGGAGAACAGGAAGGGAGGGGGAAGCGGCAGCAGAGGGAGUAGCAGUUAUGUAAAACAAUUGUGCGUAAAGUAGCACAUGCGCGUAAGGUUGUUUAGCCAUCAGGAAGAGGCUUCUGAGAGUCUGGUCACGCAGUGAUGCUGUAAAAAAUGCUCAAAUGCCCCCAUCAUUUCCAUUGAUUGUUUGCUUGUGGGGCUAAAGUUAGUUCAAGCUUGUGGUGGCUGUUUAAAGAACCUAACCAUGGAUUAUUUUCUCCUGACCCAUAGACUACUUUCAGGGUGAGUAACCAUCUAAUAUCAAGUUGUAAAAUCCUGAACUACUCCUUUAAACUCGCUUUCUCUUCACAGGCCAUAUGCUGCGCAGACACCAAGCACUGCUGUCCCAUGGGAUACACAUGUGACCUGGAGCGGGGAGGCUGCUCCCAGCAGGCUGAGUUGAGCUGGGACAUUUUCUACACCCACAACAAAAAGAGAGACUUUGUUCCUUUUGGACUC